UAGCAAUCGUCUAAGCCCAAACAAAUAAUUGAAAUCAAAAAUGUUAAGGAUCUGCUGCUUCAUACUGAUGAUGAUGCUGCUCUCGGACACGAUGGGCUGGUCCAUCGAUGAUAUAGUAAACCAUAUAUCCAUUUGCAGUCAACUUCCCGAUUACGGGCGCUGCAGUGCCCACACGCGCAUGUGGUACUACAGCCGACAGCACAAGUCCUGUCUACCUUUUGUCUACUCCACCUGCGGCGGCAACACGAAUCGCUUUUAUACGAAGUCCGAGUGCGAGCAAUAUUGUGUAUAUGUUCGUGGUCGUUGAGUUCAAUGAACAAGAGAAUCACACAAAUCUAUUUAAUUUCAGUAACUAGUCCAAUUCGAAGGACACUUCCCGAGCAUGACCUUAGCCGAGUACCACGUCAUUUACAUCUAAGCAAUUGGGUUAUUAUUAUAAGUAUUAAAAAAUAAUAUAUAUGCACUCAUCAUAUGCAUAUUGACGAAUUCACUUCAUUCAAAUCAAAGAAAACAAGAGUGCUUUACGCGAGAUACCUU